UCCAUACACACAAGAAAUUACAUUUUUCUUCAAAAGAGAUGGUGAACUUGGUAGAAGCACAGAAGCCAUUGUUACAUGGCCUAAUGAAAUUAGCUGGAAUCAGACCUCAUAGUAUAGAGAUAGAACCAGGCACAAUUAUGAAUUUUUGGGUUCCUUCUGAAACUAUAAUUCAAAAAACAAAGAAAAACAAAAAAAUCACAACCACUACUCCUCUCUCCAACAAUCAAUGUGCUAUUUCCCCUGAAUCCACCACCGAACCCGACCCGAACAAACCCGUAGUCGUACUAAUCCACGGCUUCGCCGGCGAAGGAAUAGUGACGUGGCAAUUUCAAAUCGGUGCAUUAACUAAAAAAUACUCUGUUUAUGUACCGGACCUACUUUUCUUCGGCGGAUCAGUUACGGAUAGUUCCGAUAGAUCGCCGGGUUUUCAAGCAGAGUGUUUGGGAAAAGGGUUAAGGAAAUUAGGCGUGGAGAAUUGCGUAGUGGUUGGAUUUAGUUAUGGAGGAAUGGUAGCGUUUAAGAUGGCGGAGAUGUUUCCAGAUUUAGUUGAGGCGUUGGUGGUGUCUGGAUCGAUAUUGGCGAUGACUGAUUCGAUUAGCACUACGACGCUUAAUGGUUUGGGAUUUUCGUCUUCGUCGGAGCUGCUGCUGCCUACUUCUGUUAAGGGUCUUAAGGCCCUGCUAAAAGUGGCUGCUUAUAAGAAGCUUUGGUUCCCUGAUCGUCUUCAUAGAGAUUUUCUCGAGGUAAUGUUCACCAACAGAAAGGAAAGAGGAGAGCUGCUAGAAGGCUUGGUGGUGAGCAACAAAGACACAACUAUUCCAAAUUUUCCACAGAGAAUACAUCUCCUCUGGGGUGAGAAUGAUCAAAUUUUCAAUUUGGAGCUUGCUCAGAACAUGAAACAUCAACUGGGUGAGAAGACUACAUUUCAUGGCAUAAACAAGGCAGGCCAUCUGGUUCACCUAGAACGACCUUGCGUUUAUAACAAGUGUCUCAAGCAGUUCCUUACAUCCCUGCAUGCAGAAAAAGCCCAAAAGUGAAGGACAGUACUGCAAAGUUCACUAUCGUAAUAUCAUGCAACUUUUUGUCUAUGAAAAGGAAAACAACUAUGUGUUUCCUCUGUAAUAUUAGUUACUAUGUAAUUUGGGUUCAAAAUUUGAAAUUGUUGUCUUAAACAAAUAUAUACAAAUAUGUAUUGCAAAUUGCAGAUGUUAGCUCCAUAA